CCUGCACUGUGUGUGUCUCCCCCUGUUGGCGGGGCGCUGCACUGUGUCUCCCCCUGCUGGCGGAGCGCUGCACUGCGGCCUUUUGUUCGGACCGCCUUCCUGCCGUCUCUCCACUACUCUUCCUGGUUUCUGCAAAGUGGAUGUCACCCAGCGUCCGUCCUGCCAAACACGUUCAAAGUUGUCCCGACAGUGGAGAAGGAAAAGGAUGAACCCGGCGGUGAAGACACGACAGCCGGGAGAAGAAGUGUGACCGCGGUGUGUUUAUAGUAAAGCUCGGUCCCCAUGAUGAGAAACAGACUGUAUGGAGGAAGGGUUAGCCGCUAGCUGCUAAAGGUCUGUUAGUGUCACUGUUCACCGCGACUGUCUUUGAGUUUGAGACGUUCAAGUUUGAAACCAGAGAAGAUAUCAAGAGGAAACACACCGAGGAGGAGGAAAGAGGAGGAAGAGGAGGAGGACAGCCAUGGAGAACAAGGAUAAAGUGCAGAUGAGGAGUCACCCUCGCAGGCAGCUGAAGAAGCUGAGCGAGGACAGUCUCACCAAGCAGCCGGAAGAAGUCUUUGAUGUCCUGGAGAAGUUGGGUGAAGGGUCGUACGGCUGCGUGUUUAAAGCUCAUUACAAAGAGACGGGAGAGAUCGUAGCCAUCAAACAGGUUCCUGUGGAGUCUGACCUGCAGGAGAUCAUCAAGGAGAUCUCCAUCAUGCAGCAGUGUAACAGUCCUCAUGUGGUUCGGUACUACGGCAGCUACUUCAAAAAGAACGACCUGUGGAUCGUCAUGGAGUACUGUGGAGCCGGAUCAGUGUCUGAUAUCAUCCGAUUACGCAACAAGACGCUAACGGAGGACGAGAUCGCCGCCAUCCUGCAGUGCACCCUGAAGGGUCUGGAGUAUCUUCACUUCAUGAGGAAAAUCCACAGAGACAUCAAAGCAGGAAACAUCCUGCUGAACACGGAGGGUCACGCCAAGCUGGCCGACUUUGGAGUUGCUGGACAACUCACAGACACGAUGGCGAAGCGAAACACGGUGAUCGGCACUCCGUUCUGGAUGGCUCCGGAGGUCAUACAGGAGAUCGGCUACAACUGUGUUGCUGACAUCUGGUCCCUGGGAAUAACUGCUAUAGAGAUGGCUGAGGGGAAGCCGCCUUACGCUGAAAUACACCCCAUGAGGGCCAUCUUCAUGAUUCCCACCAACCCUCCCCCGACGUUUCGAAACCCAGAUCUGUGGUCUGGGCCGUUUAUAGAGUUUGUGAAGCAGUGUUUAGUGAAAAACCCCGAAAACAGGGCGACUGCCACUCAGCUCCUACAGCAUCCAUUCAUCAAGGCAGCCAAGCCCAACACCGUCCUCAGGGCCCUGAUCACAGACGCCAUGGAGAUCAAACUGAAGAGAGAAGCAGAGGAAGAGCAGAGAGAACAGGACGACGAUGACAACUCGGAUGAGGACGAUGUCGACCAGGGGACGAUGGUUCGGGCGGGGACCGGCGACUCGGGGACCAUCCGGGCUGCCGGGUCUCGGAGCGGCACGGCGCGGACUAUGAUCGAACACGAGGACACGGGAACCAUGCAGUCACAGCUCGGCACCAUGGUCAUCAACUCUGACGAUGAGGACGAGGAAGAAGCCGGCACCAUGAAAAGGAGAGACGAGACGAUGCAGCCGGCCAAGCCGUCCUUCCUGGAGUACUUUGAGCAGAAAGAGAAGGAGGCCAACGUCCACAACGAUGGAAAAGGAGAAAACAACGCAGACAACCGCAAAAUGCCUCCUGAGGGAGAUCUGGAAGUGGUGAGCUCGUGGACGGUGGAGGAGCUGCGGCUGCGUCUGGCCUCUCUGGACCCUCAGAUGGAGCAGGAGAUCGAGCAGAUCCAUCAGCGCUAUCAGACCAAGAGGCAGCCGAUCCUCGACGCCAUCGAGGCCAAAAAACGACGGCAGCAGAACUUCUGAGGAGAAACCUGCUGAGCUCCUCACAGAAACAACCGGAUCGUGUUUCACCUCUUUUAUUUUUCUCUGCAGCAGUUUGUGAAACGUUCCUCAGACCGCCGACCAUGUGAUUUAUAAAACUCUGAUGUCAAACUGCUGAGUUCGUUACGUCCGAGGAGCUUCUCUCUGUUUGACGAGGAUUAUUGACACUUCCUGUCUGGUUUCAUUUGAGACCCUUUUUCCCUCCUUUUCUGCCUUCGAGAUAAUCUGGAGUCUUCAAGAAAGUUUUUUUUUCUCCAGUUUAACAAAUGACACUUGAACAUUUCUUUUUUUUUUUAAAUCAUCCACAGCUGAUCAGGAUGUUCAUGUUUCUUUCUGUUUAUUUCAAGUUUCGUUUGUUUAAAAGACCCUCAAAUAUCUUAAAAGUGUUUUUUUUGCUUGAUCAUGUGGUACAAAAUCAUCUUAACUGUUUGACUCAUCAGGUACUCAUCAGAUAGUUUCUUUAAUUGUUUCCUAUCAUUGAUUUUUUUCCCCCCUGCUCUGGUCCUGAUGAGCUUGUAGAAACUAUUCGUUCCCUCUUCAUUAAAAGUUUAGAAAAUCCACAAAAAGAAAAAAGAUGAAAAUACAAAUGAUUAGUUUGUUCAGCUCACGUCGUCACAUGUCGGUCGACCUGAAGCUACAUUUUGUGAUCAGGUCACAUUCAAAACGGUUAACAAAUCAUUUAUUAGCCGUAUUAAAUUUGUAUUUCUGACUCAAAGAAGUGACGAUAAAAAGGAUUCAUCUUUAAUAUUUGAACCUCUUCAACCCUAAAAUGUGUCUGUUUGCCUCCACUGUUCCUCACUGUGAACUUUAAAGAUCAUUAAGACAUUUUACAUUUAGUCAUUUGGCAAAAAUUAGCUUUGAAAACUUAAUUUCUUUAAUUUGGUCGAUGUUACGUUUAGUGUUGAACAUGUUUAAAUCCCUUAUUAUAAUAAUUCAGCUUUACAUAAGAAGCUCCAUGUUUGCGUCUCUCAACCAGAAGUUACUAGAAUGAUUUUUACAUUUUCUGUGAGCUAAAAAGGAAAGUGGCUCUAAAAUGUUAAAGAGGGGGACGUGAAAUGAGGAUUCCUCGAUGUAGAGUAUGAUAUCAUUAUUAUCAUUAUAUUAUAUAAGUUCAGCAAAUGCAACGACUCAAGAACUCCUCGUUUAUUCAGGUCACAUUUAAAGCCUGGAUGUUUGGAUUUAACUUGUUAUCAGAUGUUGAACUUUAGACUGGAGUUACAGACAAAUAUUCAGAACUAACAGAUUGUCAUUGAGUCACAAGAUGAUUGACAGAAUAAAGAAGCACAAAAUUAAUAUUUCUAACCCAAAUUUAUAUGUAAGUUUUUUUUAUUU